AUGUCUCCCCCGGAGCAGUCCGAAACCUCUUCCAGCCAGCUUGUCCCCGACGAGACGCUGCCUAGCAAACCCGAUGUCGAGGUGACGUCUGCCAAACACCCCGCCGCGGGGGAGACGCAUACAAGGGAACGUGACCGAGAUGCAAGCCUUGAGCAUGCUCCAAAGUCAAACAGCGGCCCCGAGGAGGACUUGAUCGACUUCCAGGACCAGCCCUCGAGCGUACCACUGCAAGGCGAGAAUGCAGCCGCUGGGGAGCCUCAGUCGGAAGUGGCCAGAGGAAAACAGGUCGCUGGCCACCAGCGAACCGGGAGCGAUGCAUUAAACGCACAGUCCUCAUCCCUGGCGACCGUUAAGCCCAUGAUACUUCCCUCGUCGAACGACACCGCUACGCAGUACCUCACCGCCGAACCCUCCACUUACGUCGACCCCACGCCUGCAACCCCAACAACUUCUCAGCCACCUUCAAGAACUCCUUCAAAUGCCACCCGCUCGCUUCACCCCGGAGAGAUUUCUCCUUCCAAGUCAGAUGCCGAAUACGACGAGAGGCGGUACCUGAGCGAGGAUGAGCAGGAAGGCAGAUCACGGUCCGAGAUUCAGAGCAUCAUGGAGCAGUUCAGUGAGAUAGGCGGCGGACCCGGCGAGGAAGAAGUCAUGAGCCCCAGGCUAGAGAUUGCGUCGCCCAUGCUGGGACACCCUGUCCAGCAUCCUCCCCGAAAGUCGAGCCUCGAACCUCUUGCACCGUCGAUAUCUGGACAGCUUCAAGGCCUACACAUCUCGACCAGCUCACCUCCCGCAGCAGGAUCAGCCGAUGCCGGCAUCGAUGAUCAUGGGCCACCGGUACCCCCCAAGGACGGAAUCCAUGGAACGCCUCCACGCCCCAAACCAGAGCGUACUGCGAGCGUGGCCACUCCAAGCUCACCGGCUCAAGCGCAUCGACCCCCACCUCCCGAGCCAGAGCCAGAACCAGUUCUUCCCUUCGACUUUCACCGUUUCCUAGAGCAGCUUCGGAAUAAGAAGGCAGACCCAGUAGCGCGAUACCUCAAGUCCUUCUUGUCGGAAUUCGCCAAGCGGCAAUGGAUGGUCCAUGAGCAGGUCAAGAUUAUUGGGGAUUUCUUAGCCUUCAUCGCUAACAAAAUGGCACUCUGCGAGGUCUGGAGAGAUGUUUCGGAUGCCGAGUUUGACAAUGCUCGUGAGGGAAUGGAGAAGUUGGUCAUGAAUAGGCUGUACACGCAAACAUUCUCUCCCGCCAUCAUGCCGCCCAAACCCAUUCCUGGGGCAAAGCCCAAGCGAAAGGGAGGUGAUAUCCCCCUCGGUCCUGGCCGACGCGGUCAGCAUCAAGAAGAUGUCGAGCGGGAUGAUAUCGUUACCCAAAAGAUUAACAUUUACGGUUGGGUCAAGGAGGAGCAUCUGGAUAUUCCACCUGUUGGAGAGAGUGGGCGCCGCUUCCUGAAGCUGGCUCAGCAAGAACUACUCAAAAUCAAGUCGUACAGAGCACCGCGCGACAAGAUCAUCUGCGUCCUAAACUGUUGCAAGGUGAUCUUUGGUCUAUUGAAACACAACAAGUCGGAUUCAUCGGCCGACUCUUUCAUGCCCCUGCUCAUCUAUGUUGUUUUGCAGUCGAACCCUGACCACUUGGUGUCUAAUGUGCAGUACAUCCUUCGGUUCAGAAACCAGGAGAAGCUUGGAGGCGAAGCAGGCUACUACUUGUCCUCCCUGAUGGGUGCCAUUCAGUUCAUCGAGAACAUGGAUAGGACGACUCUAACUAUCACGGAUGAUGAGUUUGAAAGGCACGUAGAAGCAGCUGUCUCAGCUAUUGCCGAGAAGCAUGCAGCAUCGCCACCAACGACCCAACAGCCCGUAUUUAACGAGAAGUCGGUACCUCCUGGUGAGCCGGCCAGCCGGCAAUCUCUCGAUGGGCAAAACACGCCCGCACCCCGCCGUUCAACGUCGAACGAUGGCUACACGGGUGACGACAAGGCGGCCAUUACAGGCCUUCUCAAGACAAUCCAGAGACCGCUGUCCACGAUCGGAAGGAUGUUUUCCGACGAACCUGUUGCCACCAGCGAGCCAGGUCCUAGUAGUGCACCUCGCACUCCAGCACCGCCAGAGCAGCUUCGGCAGAGUCGUGAAGAGCCCCGUGAACCCCCACACCCAGCAUCAAGGCACGAGCUUUCGGCAGAAGAAGCUGCUGCACGGCAAGCGAGUGCCGAAGCAGCAGAAGCCCAACGACUCUCCCGGGCUGAGCACGCAAAUGUCGUCGAAACGCUGGCAGGCAUGUUCCCAGAUCUAGACAAGGAGGUGAUUAGUGAUGUGGUAUACGAGAAGGAGGGAAGGGUUGGACUAGCUGUUGAUGCAUGCCUUGCACUGUCUACGUGA